UUUUUUUGACAUAGUAAAUAACUAAGUGACAAUGGAAAGCGAUAGAUGACAUCCAUGGGCAAAUAACUGAAGACAACACCAACGUAGAACUUAUCAUAGUUUUGGAACUUCUGCGGGUACUCCUUUGGAACAUCAUGACUUGAGAAACGGUUGCAUCUCAGCAAGUGUCCCAUUUAGGUUAAAGUGGAUUGACCAUUUAGGUUAAAGUGGAUUGACUCAUACAUUUCCAAUAUGUGUUGCUGCCUGCUGUCCCUUCAUGUUUGUGAUUUCAAAAGGCUAUCCUAUGCUGCUGAUCAGUACUUAAUGGAUGGGAGAAGGGUCAGACCUCAGAUAAGUACCUAACUUGCUAUUUCCUAUUUUUUUAUCACUUUUAUUGAUGCCCAAUUGCAUCUAAAGUGUUGUCCACUUCUAUUGCAGCAGUGCUUGAGGAUUCAGUGAUCAGCAGAUCUGCAAGGACAAAAGGACCAAAGGAGUGAGCUGGUUUUUAUAUUUUAACUGAUGCACCUGGAUGCUUUAUUGAGCGGUGUCUAUGAAAUGAGUUGGAUGGAAGAUUGUCGUGUUUUGGACAAUGCCAACCUUUGUUUCCGCUGUGCCUGCCAAGGUUGUGGCUUCCUUGGGUGAUGCUUAUUUGAGAACAUAGCUGUUGUGCUCUGAGCAUGUCCUGUGUGCCUGUCAUGGCGGCUUCUUUUGGCGACAUCAUACCAACAUAUUCAAUGUCAGGCUUUAAAGAUUGGAGAAACGCCCAUGGGCCUGGCAAACUGUGGCAUGUGGCUUUGAACUUUGCCAAUUGGAGACCUGAUGUGGAUCAUUUUGGGACGCGAGUUAAGCCCCCUGUUUGGAGUGCCAGAAACAAAACAGAUGGAGAAGGGAAAAAGGUGUCAGGGGAUAAGAGCCAGCGCCUGAUCACCGUUUUAUUCGUUUUUGAGUAAACUGUAGCGAGCAACAGGUAGCCUAUAAUUGAGACAAUGCUGAAUGGAUUGUAGAAAAGGAUCUGCUUUAAUUUCCGUUAAUUUAGCGCCUUCAGUGAUGUUCCUAGUUGCUGGAGUACAUGUUAAGUAUAUUUACCAUUUAAAUCCUCCC